AUGGAUGUGAAGUGCUCAGGAUGCUAUAAAGUCACCACCAUCGUUAGCGAUGUGCUAACAGUAGUUCUGUGUGUUCGCUGCUCCACCGUUCUUGGCCAGCUUACAGGAGGCAAAGCAAGGUUCACAGAAGGAUGCUCCUUCAGAAGAAGCACUAAAAGCACCCUGAAUCAACAGAGGGAAAUCAUCCCAAUAAACACACUUUAG